GCACGAACAUCCAGACAAACGAGGAAGUCGGUAUUAAGCUGGAAUCUACUAAGACCAAGCACCCUCAGCUGCUAUAUGAGUCGAAGCUGUACAGGAUUCUGCAGGGUGGAACCGGUAUUCCGAACAUUAGGUGGUUCGGCGUGGAAGGCGACUACAAUGUGAUGGUCAUUGAUCUGCUCGGACCCAGUCUGGAGGACCUUUUCAACUUUUGCGCCAGGAAGUUCUCGCUCAAGACCGUGCUCAUGCUUGCAGACCAGCUGCUCAAUCGCGUGGAGUAUGUCCAUUCGAAGAGCUUCCUGCAUCGAGACAUCAAGCCUGACAAUUUCCUGAUGGGACUCGGACGACGGGCGAACCAGGCUUACGUCAUUGAUUUCGGUCUGGCCAAGAAAUACCGCGAUCCCACCACGCAUCAGCAUAUUCCUUACAGAGAGAACAAGAACCUGACAGGAACAGCUCGGUAUGCCAGCAUCAACACACAUCUUGGCAUUGAGCAAAGCCGAAGGGACGAUUUGGAGUCGCUUGGCUAUGUCCUCAUGUAUUUUUUGCGAGGAAGCCUUCCAUGGCAGGGGCUGAAGGCUGGGACUAAGAAGCAGAAGUAUGAAAAGAUCAGCGAGAAGAAGAUGUCCACUCCCAUUGAGGUUCUUUGUAAAGGCUACCCCACCGAGCUCGCCUCAUACUUCCACUACUGCCGCUCGCUUCGCUUUGAUGACAAGCCAGAUUAUGCCUACCUCAAGCGUCUCUUCCGCGACUUGUUCAUUCGAGAAGGGUUCCAGUUCGACUAUGUCUUUGAUUGGACCAUUCUCAAGUAUCAGCAAUCCCAGGCAUCCGUGGCUCCCCAGCGCCUCCUUGCAAACGCAGCUGUGGCUCCUGCUCCUGCGGCUGCAAACCAAGCAGCCAAUGCCGGCAUGGAUGACAUGGCGCGGCGUCGGUCACCGCUGAUCGAGAGCCCAAGGCACAGGAGCCCACUGCGGGAUGAUGAUGGAGUUGAUGCUGACCGUCAGAUGCAUCAGGGUGGCUACACGCGCACAGGCAGUGGCUCCGCUGCCAGGAGAGCAGCGGCUGCAGCAUCUGGGGGUGGGGUGGGCAUGGGGGUCCCAGGGACGAGGGCUGGAGGGGCAGCUGAGCAGGUGGAAGGGAAACGGUCAGGAGGGCUCGGCAUUUCUAAUGCUCUGUCUGGCAUCCGUUCAGGGGCGCGGGGCCGUGACAUGUUUGCUGGGGGUCGUCUAGGAGGCACCUCUCGUGGGCCCAAGGAGUAG